AUGUCUUCUGCUCCCAUCCACGACAAGGACACCUUGUCCAAUACCGAGCGUGCAAAGAAUGUCAAUGGUCUGCUCCAAGUGCUCAUGGACAUCAACACUCUGAAUGGAGGUAGUUCCGAUACCGCUGAUAAGAUAAGGAUUCAUGCGAAAAAUUUUGAAGCGGCCUUGUUCGCCAAGAGCUCUUCAAAGAAGGAGUAUAUGGACAGCAUGAACGAGAAAGUCGCCGUCAUGCGCAACACAUACAACUCCAGAAAAAAUGCUGUCAGUGCUGCCGCUGCUAACAACAACAUCAGCCCCGUGGAACACAUAAACACCAUCAAGAACUCCGGCGGCAACGCCAACAAUAUGAACGUCAACAUGAACCUAAACCCUCAGAUGUUUUUGAAUCAGCAGGCUCAGGCAAGGCAGCAGGUUGCGCAACAAUUAAGAAACCAACAGCAGCAGCAGCAACAACAACAGCAGCAGCAGCAACAACAACAACAGCAGCAGCAGCAGCAGCAGCAGCAGCAACAACAACAACAACAACAACAGCAACAACAACAACAGCAACAGAGGCGUCAAUUGACUCCGCAACAACAGCAGUUGGUGAACCAGAUGAAAGUGGCUCCCAUUCCUAAACAACUGUUACAGAGAAUCCCCAAUAUUCCACCAAAUAUCAACACUUGGCAGCAAGUCACUGCGCUGGCCCAACAAAAGCUAUUGACUCCUCAAGAUAUGGAGGCUGCGAAGGAGGUCUACAAGAUUCAUCAGCAAUUAUUGUUCAAGGCAAGAUUGCAGCAACAGCAGGCCCAAGCCCAGGCCCAAGCGAAUAGUAACAACAUCAGCAGCGGAAACGCCAACGGCAUCCCGCAAAAUGGCAAUAUUAACAACAAUAUGAACAUUCCACAACAGCAACAACAGCAGAUGCAGGCUCCUAACACAAACGCAAACACAAGCCCCUUACAACAACAACAGCAGCAGCAGCAACCACAGAACACCGUGCCAAAUGUUCUAAAUCAGAUUAAUCAAAUUUUUUCUCCAGAAGAACAACGUAGCUUAUUGCAGGAAGCCAUUGAAACUUGCAAGAAUUUUGAAAAAACCCAAUUAGGCAAUACAAUGACAGAGCCUGUAAAGCAAAGCUUCAUCAGAAAAUACAUCAACCAAAAGGCUUUGAGGAAAAUCCAAGCUUUAAGAGAUGCUAAAAAUAACAACAAUAAUGCCUCCAAUUUGCAGAGAUCUCAGAACAUGCCCAUGAAUGUCAUCCAGCAACAGCAAAAUGCCACCAAUAACGACGCUAUCCCACCAUCUGCUACGCCCAAUGCCGCUGCCUUCCCUCAACAGCAACAACAGAAUGCAAACUCCAAAUUAUAUCAAAUGCAACAGCAACAACAAGCCCAGGCGCAAGCUCAGGCUCAAGCGCAAGCUCAAGCGCAGGCUCAGGCUCAGGCUCAAGCACAAGCUCAGGCACAGGCUCAGGCACAGGCUCAAGCACAAGCUCAGGCGCAAGCCCAAGCUCAAGCACAGGCUCAGGCGCAAGCUCAAGCUCAAGCACAGGCCCAGGCGCAGCAACAGCCCCCUCAACAGCCACAAACUCAAGCACAACCUAACCCACUACACGGGCUGACACCAACUGCAAAGGAUGUCGAAGUCAUUAAGCAAUUGUCGUUAGAUGCUUCCAAGACUAAUCUAAGACUGACGGAUGUAACAAAUUCUUUAUCCAAUGAUGAAAAGGAAAAAAUAAAAAUGAAGUUAAAGCAAGGUCAAAAACUAUUUGUGCAAGUGAGUAAUUUUGCACCACAAGUUUACAUCAUUACUAAGAACGAAAACUUCUUGAAAGAAGUCUUCCAGUUAAGAAUUUUCGUCAAAGAAAUCCUGGAAAAAUGUGCUGAAGGUAUUUUUGUUGUUAAAUUAGACACCGUUGACAGACUGAUCAUCAAGUACCAAAAGUACUGGGAGAGCAUGAGAAUCCAAAUUUUAAGGAGACAAGCUAUCUUAAGGCAACAACAACAAAUGUCCAGUACCAACAACAACAAUAACAACAACACCGCUAAUGCUCCUGUUACCGGCAAUAACAAUAAUGCGAACAAUAUUGCUACUCAGCAAAAUAUGCAACAAUCGUUACAACAAAUGCAACAUUUGCAACAAUUGAAAAUGCAGCAACAACAACAGCAACAACAACAACAACAACAUCAGCAACAACAACAACAACAACAGCAGCAGCAGCAGCAGCAGCAGCAACAACAACAACAACAACAUAUAUACCCUUCCUCAGCAAACGGUCCAUCUAAUUACCCAGGAAUGGCUAAUGCCCCCAAUAAUAAUAGCAACAUCCCUUACAUGAACCAUAAAAACACCUCCAGCAUGGAUUUCUUGAACUCAAUGGAAAAUACUCCAAAGAUUCCCGCGUCUGCUGCAGCGACUCCAUCACUCAACAAAGCACUCAGCAACAAGGCCAACAACAGAACCAAGUCCAACACGAUACCUGCUACUAGCAUUUCAUCAACGAAUAAGAAGCUCUCGAUAUCAAAUGCCACUAGCCAACAACCGACUCCUAGAUCUGCUUCAAAUACUGCUAAAUCCACUCCAAACACGAAUCCUUCCCCAUUGAAAAGUCAAGCUAGAAUUGGUACGCCAAAUUCCAAUAAUAUUAAGAAUGCACAAUCUCCCAUGGGUGUACAGCCAUCCUACAACACUAGCACCAUAGAAAAUGCAUUCAAAAAGGAAGAACUUUUGUUAAAAGAUUUAGAAAUGAGGAAAUCGGAAAUUUCUUCUCGUUUCAAGCACCGCCAAGAAAUUUUCAAGGAUUCUCCUGUUGAUUUGUUCAUAAGUACAAUGGGUGACUGUCUAGGGAUUAAAGAUGAAGAGAUGCUUCUUUCUUGUGAUAUUCCCAAGUCGGUCGUUGAUCACACCAAUGGUUCUGGUAAAAGGAAACCUACAAAGGCAGCACAAAGAGCUCGGGAUCAAGAUUCUGUUGACGUUUCCAUUAAGGACAAUAAGCUAAUUAUGAAAAGCAAAUUUAACAAGAAUAACAGAUCAUACUCGAUCGGGCUGUCUGACGUUGCUGUAAUUUUCAAGGGUAUCGGCGGCAACUUUAAAGAUCUGUCUACUUUGGUCUAUUCAUCAUCGCCAUCCACUUCUUCCAAUGUGGAUUUUACUAAUUUUAAGAAGAGGAAGGCAAGUGUAUUAGAAAUAAGUCCUCAAGAUUCAAUAGCGUCGGUGCUAUCGCCAGAUUCAAAUAUAAUGAGUGAUUCCAAAAAAAUCAAAAUCGAUUCUCCUGAUGACCAAUUUAUGACCAAAUCCAGCGCCACAGUUAAUGGAAAACAAGAAGUUGCAAAGAACGAGGCUCCAUUCAUGACUUCUGCUGCUGAUUCGGAGCAAUUCAACGUAUGGGAUUGGAAUAACUGGACAAGCGCCUUUUGA